GGUUGCGUAAGCAAAGGUUCGGGCUGGUUCCUCUCAGAUUAGAUCCCUUGACCUGUGUCUUGUAACUGCCUCGCCUUGUCACUCUGGCUUGUAAAGGCUCACUUGCUAACCCUGAGCAGAAGAGAAAGUGCAGAACCAGGCUGAAAGCCAAGUGAUGUGCUGAUUAUUUUAAAUUCUCCUUUUGUGUCUGCCAAGCCCACAAUUGUAGAACCUGUGUGUUUUCGGGGGAAGGAAGAAUCACCAUUCCAGACCAUGAAAGCUUCAAAUUUGAAAGGCCAUUGCUUUUCCAUUUCUCACAAUUGGGCUGAGCACAACUGAACCAUGGGGGAACACAGUCCAGACGACAAUAUCAUCUUCUUUAAGGGAGAGGAAGAUGACCUAACCCCGGAUGACAAGAUGCUCAGGUUUGUGGAUGACAACGGACUGGUGCCUUCCUCAUCUGGAACUGUUUAUGAUAGGACCACUGUUCUUAUAGAACAGGACCCAGGCACUUUGGAGGACGAAGAUGACGAUGGACAGUGUGGAGAACACUUGCCUUUUCUCGUGGAAGGUGAAGAGGGCUUCCUGAUAGACCAGGAAGCAAUGUCCCAGGGUUAUGUACAACACAUUAUCUCACCCGAUCAGAUUCAUUUGACUAUAAACCCCGGUUCCACGCCCAUGCCAAGAAACAUCGAAGGUGCGACCCUUACUCUGCAGUCGGAAUGUCCAGAAACAAAGCGGAAAGAAGUAAAGCGGUACCAGUGCACCUUUGAGGGAUGCCCCCGCACCUACAGCACAGCAGGCAACCUCCGCACCCACCAGAAGACUCACCGAGGAGAGUACACCUUCGUCUGUAACCAGGAGGGCUGUGGCAAGGCCUUCCUCACCUCCUACAGCCUCAGGAUCCAUGUGCGAGUGCACACAAAGGAGAAGCCAUUUGAGUGUGAUGUGCAGGGCUGUGAGAAGGCAUUCAACACACUGUACAGGUUGAAAGCACAUCAGAGGCUUCACACAGGGAAAACGUUUAACUGUGAAUCUCAAGGCUGCAGCAAGUACUUCACCACACUCAGUGACCUGCGGAAGCACAUUCGAACCCAUACAGGAGAAAAGCCAUUUCGAUGUGACCACGAUGGCUGUGGGAAAGCGUUUGCAGCAAGCCACCACCUCAAAACUCACGUCCGGACGCACACUGGCGAAAGACCCUUCUUCUGCCCCAGCAACGGCUGUGAGAAGACAUUUAGCACUCAGUACAGUCUCAAAAGUCACAUGAAAGGUCACGAUAACAAAGGAACGGCCUACAGUGCACUUCCACAACACAAUGGAUCAGAGGAUACAAAUCACUCACUUUAUCUGAGUGAGUUGGGCCUUCUGUCCACGGAUUCUGAACUGCAAGAAAAUUCCAGUACCGCACAGGACCAGGACCUCAGCACAAUUUCACCAGCAAUCAUCUUUGAAUCCAUGUUCCAGAAUUCAGAUGACCCUGCAAUUCAAGAUGAUCCUCUGCAGACAGCUGCCUUGAUUGAGAGUUUGAACGGUGAUGCAGAGUCAGUCAGUGAUGUUCCACCACCUGCAGGGAAUGCGGCGUCUUUAUCCCUUCCGCUCGUGCUGCAGCCUGGCAUCUCUGAGCCUCCCCAGCCCUUGCUCCCAGCCUCAGCUCCGUCCGCUCCUCCACCGGCCCCCUCCCUAGGACCUGGCUCCCAGGCAGCUGCGUUUGGCAGCCCCCCUGCCCUCUUACAACCUCCAGAAGUGCCUGUUCCCCACAGCACACAGUUUGCUGCUAAUCAUCAAGAGUUCCUGCCGCACCCCCAGGCGCCACCCCAGACCAUCGUACCAGGACUUUCUGUUGUUGCUGGGGCUCCUGCAUCAGCAGCAGCAGUGGCAUCGGGCGUGGCAGCACCAGCCCCACCACAAAGUACUACUGAGCCCCUGCCUGCUAUGGUCCAGACUCUGCCCCUGGGUGCCAACUCUGUCCUAACUAAUAAUCCCACCAUAACCAUCACCCCAACUCCCAACACGGCCAUCCUGCAGUCCAGCCUAGUCAUGGGAGAGCAGAACUUACAGUGGUUAUUGAACGGUGCCACCAGUUCACCCCAAAACCAGGACCCAAUUCAGCAAGCAUCGAAAGUCGAGCAGGUCUAUUUCACCACUGCAGUCCCAGUGGCCAGUAGCACAGGGAGCUCUGUCCAGCAGAUCGGCCUCAGUGUUCCUGUCAUCAUCAUCAAACAAGAGGAGGCCUGCCAGUGCCAGUGCGCUUGCCGGGACUCUGCGAAGGAGCGGGCGGCCAGCCGGAGGAAAGGCUGUGCCUCCCCACCCCCUCCAGAGCUGAACCCCCAGCCUCCUGACGGGCCCAGCCUUCAGUUACCGCUAGACUUCUCCCUCCCCCCGGCCCCCUCAUCCUCCUCCACCGGACCCUCUUCCUGUGAGCAAAGCAGACAGGCUGAGGCUCCUCAACCCUCUGAAAUGCUAAGUGCCAUGGAUGUGUCAAAGUUCCUGUCCUUUCAGAGCCUGGACACCCGUCCAAUCCAGUUCACAGUGAAGCGCCACUGCAGGGGUAGAGAAGACGCGCCUGGCCGGCAGCGUCGCCAGGGGAAGGGCCUGUGCGCGCCCCCAGGAACAGGGUGAGCAGGAAGUAUCGGGUGUGAGGCUGCCGUCAUGGGGUCAGAAAUUGGAAGGAUGAAGAAAUCUGCCAUCUGAAAGCCUCACCUUUCAGACAUAUUUUCUUUACUCAUAUCCCAGGAACAUCCAUUUUAAGGAACUGAUCUUUGGAGGAAAACAAAAAAAAGAAAAAAGAAAAAAAAAAGCUAAGUUAUAAGUGAACUGUCUGGCUGCACUGUAUGUCACUUUUGCUUAUUGUUAUGUGAACUUGGAAAUUAAGGUUACUGGUAUGCAUAAAAGUUCUAAAUGAAAGGGUGUGGUUUCCAUCAAUUUGGUACUGCCCAUCAUUUGCACUGGGGUCAUUGUGGAUUGGGCAGGAGAGUUCAGUGUGCUGGUGUUGCUCCUCCGGCUUUUUUAAUCUGAGGCGACACACCUGUCUGGAGGGCCAGACCACCGCCUCCGUGGAAGCGGUAGUGGCAAGGGCAGGUGUGAGGUGUGAGCUAGACAGGGGGAUUGUUUGGUUGUUGGCGCUUUGUUUCUGUGGAGCUUGGAGUAGUAGGUGCAGAGGGGCCUGCCCUGUGUCCUGCUCAGUCCACACGGGCAGCUGCCAGCCCCCUGGCCAUAGUGAUGAGUGGGUGUGCAGGGCCCGGAGGCAGUUGUUGGUAGCUCUGUCGAUAAUGUGCUAGAGCUGGCUCUAGCAAGGCCCCAGUCUUUGCCUUCCUGGCUCUUUCCAUUGCUCGGUGCUUCCAGUCAGGGCUGGAAGCUUGGAGCGCAUCUGUCCUGAGGAAGCGCCUAUUUUAUCCUGAAGUGAACAGGCCAGUGGCUUCUGGCCAGUGGCUGCCAGGGUCUGGCUGCCAUUGCUGGUGUUUUCUUCUCAGAGCAGGAGGGCUGCUUCUCCAGAGCAGGUACAGAUCUGAGGGAGUUGGACGAAGCGGCCGGUGGUGCCCAGUUCUAGCCAGGCUUUUGGUUAUUCCCUCCCAUCUCCAUCCCUCACAUCUCUAGAUUUUGCAUAUAGCCUCGUACAGUGCAAACAAGGAUGUGAUUUCUAAACAAAAAGGAAUAAAAAACUAAAACGAUGAUCUUCUACUCAGGGUAAAACAAAAAAUUCCCCUUCCACCAAAAAGCCUGAAGCUUGCAGUCAGUUACCUCAUUUGGAAUGUUUCAUUAAGUUGUGUUAUAGGAUUUUUUUAUUAGUGUAUAGAAUUAUAUCCAUCUGCCUGCCUUUGGUUCCAGGUUACUGCCUCUUCAGAUGUAAGUACAAUCCAUAGGAGAAUGGGAGUUGCUGUCCUUCGGCUGUCUAAUGUGGCCAUUGGUGCUUGGGAAGCUCAGUGGCUAGCUGGGCCCAGGGUCUGAAGGAGGCCUCUGUCUCCUGCAAGGAGCAAGGGCCGGUGUCCAAACAAGACAAGAGAGCUGCAUAGGUAGGUCGCCCUCCCGCUGCCUGGGCCUUCCCUCAGAGCCAGCCAGGAUGGUGCCCUUUUAGAAGGCUCUUGUCUAAAGGCAAGAUAUUUAGGGACAGUUGACCAAGAGAGUCAUGGCAGCAGUAAUGGGAGAAAUGGGUACAGCUGACUUCCCGUUCCAGGAGUUGACUGAGAGUAUGAAUUUCUUACUGAUAAUCUACGUGCCCUCUUCCCAAAUGGCUGGUAGGUUUGGGUACCGUAGGCCUCGGCAGAAAUCCGUAAGCUAGGAAGAGUCCUUUGUUAGCACAGUGGUUAGACCUCCUUGGGGAACCAGCUGCUUGGGUGCAGGUUGGCUUCGGCCGUCUCUAGGUCUUGCACCCACAGGAAGCUUUGCACUCAGGCCCUUGCUGUUUUCUUUCUAACCUCUGAGGGGAGCAGUGAAUGGUACCCUAAGGUGAUGGCUGGGGUUCUGGUUCGCUGGGAGCUGACAUAGGAAACAGGAGCCAUGGGGGGAUGUGUGAAAGGUCUGAAUGGCUUAAAUAUGGCUUCCUGGUGAGUUAGGGCUGUGCUCUUAAUGGUCCCUUCCUGGGUCAUUGGCUUUUCACUCUCCACAGUUGAGGGGUGUAGAAGAAGCAUUUAAGCAGUGUUGAGGCUGACGUGUUUCCAGUUGAAGGAGUUAAGUAUUUGUCUUUGUGUGACUGUAGAACACAAGACUCAGCUCUAACUAGCUUUCGGAAAUUGAGGAAUGUGUUUAAAAUCAGGAGUUGUGCGGGGCCGGGUGUGCUCCACAGGGUAGACAGGCUUUCCUUCCAUGCUGUUCCAGCUCUCCCUCAUCCUCCUGCAAGCCCAGCCUCUAAUGCCAAGGACCUCAGAGAAGAGGGGGCCCCCUGGCUAAACCAGAGCCAGAAAGACCUUCCUGGAGAGUGGUUUCUCAGGGGAAUGAACUUAGGGUGAGACUGAGAAGAGAGACUUCUGGCAGGUGGAUUUAAGCCUUUUCUGCCUCCCAGGGCAUCCUUCACCAUUGUGACCCUGUAGACCACACUUGGGCCACCACUGGCACUUCUCCAGGUUAGCCCCUUCCAAGAGGCUGGUUCACGACAAGACUGGAGAGUGGAGCUGGUGGUCCUGGAGGUGGCCAGGCAAUCUUGGUCCCACCAAGCUGCCUUAUAAAUGUGGCCCUUCCCAGACAGGAGGGCAAGGCUGAAGGAAGGGGGCUCAGUCUCCUUGCCAGGGUCUGGCCAAGCUCAUGGGCAGCACCAGCUUGGUGACUGGAGUGGUGUUGUUCAUUGACUCUUACUCCAGUUUAGAAGAUCAUGGUGCAAUGCCAAGGAGAGGCCUUAGCGGUGUGGGGACCUCUCUAGGUAGAGGCAAGGGGGCUUCUCUACAUGGGAAAAGGUAGUUUUCCAAGGGCAGUGGACUGAUGGGUAAUGGAGGUAGAUGAGGUUUUCCUGAGGCUUUGUAUGAUGCUGAAUGUGUCCAGAGGGACAAAAUUGCAGAACCUCAUAUUGGUAUAUUAAAGAAAUAAUAAAAUAAAAAGCACUUUAGGUUACUUUAUCUUUAA